AAUGAAUAUUGUGCACAAUGCAUGGAAUGUUGCCUUUACAUUUACUAUUUAAAGGGUAUUUGUUGAUUAGUCUAUUUGUCUUUCUUUUGAAGAGUGAAGUAUUUGUUCUUGCAACAUCUGCUACUGAAGGGUGUCAAAGUCACUUGUUUUUGAGUUAGUCAUGGAACCUGAAUUGGAACCCAUGCCUAUUGGGUCUCAGAAACGUGACCUGGCUUGGAAGCACUGUCAGAUGUUCAAGAUUGAUAAUCGGGUUAGGCUUAAAUGUAUCUAUUGUUGUAAAAUGUUUUCUGGUGGGGGAAUCCAUAGAAUUAAAGAACACUUAGCUGGCCAGAAAGGAAAUGGAGCUACUUGUCCUAGAGUUCAUCCAGAUGUUCGGCAUAUCAUGAGGCAAAGCUUAGAUGGGUCAGUAGUGAGAAUGAAGAAGAAACAAAAGAUGACAGAAGAAACUGCUCAUCUGCUCCUGCCUCCUAAUGAGGCAGAAACAUAUAACCCUCAGUGUGAAACAAUUAAUGGACUCCAAUUGCUUGCAGCUCCCAAUCCAGUUGAAUCGAAUUUGGUCUUGUCAAUGAAGCAAGAGGAAGGAACGACUGAUGAUAGUUCAGAGAGAUGGAAAAGAGGGGCAGUGGGUGAUCCUUCUUCGGCUCCUUUGGGUGAAACCAAUCCAAUUAGCAGAGACCUCACCUUGCGUUUAACUAGGGGAAAGGAUCAAGUUCAUAUGGCAAUAGGUCGGUUUCUAUAUGAUGCUGGGGUUCCUCUAGAUGCAGUAAACUCUGUCUAUUUUCAACCAAUGAUCGACGCCAUUGCAUUGGAAGGACCGGGGCUCAAACCACCAUCAUAUCAUGACCUUCGGGGUUGUAUUUUGAAGAAUUCAGUUGAAGAAGUGAAGAACAUUGUAGAUCAAUACCAGGGAACAUGGGGAAGGACUGGAUGCUCUGUCCUUGCUGACGAAUGGACAGCAGAAGGGGAUAAAAUGUUGAUCAACUUCCUGGUUUAUUGUCCUGAAGGAACAAUGUUUCUUAAAUCAGUUGAUGCGUCAGAAAUAAUUAGGUCACCAGUUGCUCUUUAUGAACUGCUUAAAGAAGUGGUGGAGGAUGUUGGAGUCCAACAUGUAUUGCAGGUGAUUACUGACAGUGGGGAACACUAUAUUGAAGCUGGGAAAAGGUUAACAGAAACCUUCCCUACUAUAUAUUGGACCCCGUGUUCAGCUCGUUGCAUAGAUCUGAUGCUCAAGGAUUUUAGAAAUUUUGAUUGGAUAAAUGCAACACUUGAGCAAGCCAAAUCAGUCACGAGGUUUGUUUAUAAUCACGUUGAGGUAUUAAAUAUGAUGCAAAGGUAUACACAUGGGAAAGAUUUAAUACAACCAGCAAUCACCCGCUCUGCGACAAACUUUACAAUUUUGCAGUGCAUGGUUAGCCUAAAAAAUAGUUUGCAGGCAAUGGUUACUUCGCAGGAGUGGAUGGAUAGCUCAUAUUCGAAAAACCCAGAUGGACUUGAAUUGAUUGAUAUAAUUUAUAGUCAGGCUUUUUGGUCUUCAUGUGUCACUAUCAUCCAUUUGAUAGAUCCCCUAUUACGAGUUUUGAGAAUUGUUGGAAGUGAGAAGAGGCCAGCAAUGGGGUACAUUUAUGAGGCAAUGUACCGAGCCAAAGAAGCAAUAAAAAAGGAACUGGUUGAGAGGAAGGAUUAUCUGGCAUACUGGAAUGUUAUUGAUUAUAGGUGGAACAGGCAACUUCAUCGUCCUCUUCAUGCAGCAGGUUUCUAUCUAAAUCCCAGGUGUUUUUAUAGUUUUGAAGGAGAUGUACCAAAUGAGAUCAUGUCAGGGAUGUUGGAUUGUAUUGAGAGAUUAGUUCCUGAUACAAAGAUCCAAGAUAAAAUAACCAAAGAGUUGAGCUCGUACAAGAAUGCUGUUGGGGAUUUAGGGCGGAAGAUGGCAAUUAGAGCUAGACACACUAUGCUUCCUGUUGAUUGGUGGUCUACUUAUGGAGGAGGUUGCCCAAAUUUGGCACGCUUGGCCAUCCGUAUUCUCAGUCAAACUUGCAGUGCAAAUGGUUUCAAGCAAAAUCAGAUUCCUUUCAAGCAAUUCCACCACCAGAGGAGAAACCACAUUGAGCAUCAAAGGCUACGUGACCUCAUAUUUGCUCAAUCCAACUUGCGAUUGCGGCUACGACUACAUAGGAAGAAUAAGGAACUAGAUGCUCUGGAUCCUAUCUCCUUUGACAACAUCGAUACUGUUGAGGACUGGGUAACGGAAAAAGAAUAUCCCUCCACAGAAUAUGGAGGUUCAGAUUGGAGGACACUUGUCCAGCCUGCAGAUAAUACUAUGUUGCCUUUGUCUACAAAUGAUGAGAAUGAAGGCUUGGUUGCAGGAUUUGAAGAUGAUGAGAUUCACAAUGGUGUCAAAGUUGAGGAUGAGAAUGACACUGAAAACCAGUUGGAAGAUGAUGGUGAUGGGGACCUGGGACACCAAACGUGACUGUCAUUAAUGGGUAUUUCUUGACUUCGUUAUUGUAAGGUAUCAAUAGAGGUGUAGUUUAGGAGGUGAAAGAAUAAAUGUAAAUUAUCAGUCUAUGAUUGGGGGUUAUGAUUGAAAUUCUUAAAAUGUUCAUAACCAUCUUGAAUUGUCAAUGUUAAUUAUCCUGUUUAUUAAUUUA